AUGAAUUCUAAGGUUGAAUCUAUCUCUAGAAUCAAGGUCACCUGUAACGGAAAUGCUUCGAAGAUAGUUGUGAGGAUAAUACGCCUAUGGAGGGUCCCCAACGCUAAAGAUCCUAAGCAACCUGACUUUAUUGACAUGCUUCUCAUGGAUGCUAAGGGUGACAAAAUUCAGGCUACGGUCUGGAGUAGCCAUGUUUCAAAAUUUGAGUCAUCAUUGAAAGAAGGGUUUUGCUACGAGAUUAGGGGGUUUAGCGUUGUUAUGAAUAAUUACAUAUACAAACCUUGCACUCACUCAUGCAGGUUGUAUUUCAAGUUUGACACCUUUGUUAAACCAAUUGAAGGGUUGGAAAUUCCCUUUUACGGGUUUAACUUCACACCAUAUUCCGCUAUAUUUCAACAAUCUAGAGAGGAUGAGAAAUUGAUCGAUGUCAUAGGUGUUGUCGUAGCAAAAGGUGAGCUAUCAAAUUUCUACAAAGGAAAUAAAACAGUCAACUAUAUUGUUGUUGAUCUCGAUGCUCUAGACGGAAGUGAAAUUUUGAGUUGUACAUUGUGGGAAGAUUUCGCUCAACAAUUUUUACAAUAUGUUGCUGAGGGACACGAUGGUCCUAUUGUUCUUAUUCUGCAAUUGGCUAAACUGAAAUUGUUCAAAGGUAAGAUGGGAGUGUCGAAUGCAAACUACAACUCUAAACUGUUGAUGAAUAUAGAUAUUCCUGUGGUUCAAGACCUUAAGAAAAGGUAUCUGAUGAAAAAUCCUAAUGGAAAUUCUGCCACAAUAACUGCGGCGUCAAAGUACUCAUUGAGCAAUGAUGUGUUGAAUGAAUCGGUUUACAAGUCAAUUGCGGAGUUAAAAAACAACAAUGAGGAUGGUUAUUUUGUGACAUACGGAAUUGUGAAAGACAUUGAAUUAAGAACAAAUUGGACAUAUCGUGCGUGCCCAAUGAGGAAUUGCUUAGCUGGAGUGAAGGAACAAGAUGGGAGAUAUUUUUGCAGAAAAUGCAAUAAGGGUUACCACAAUGCUACAUUUAGGUACAACAUUCAAAUAGUGGUAGCUGAUGAAACUGAUUCUACAACCUUCACCGUUUUUUACCGUGAGGCUAGCAAUUUUUUGAAAAAAAGCGUAGUGGAACUUCACAAUUCAUAUGCUGAAAGGGCUAAUAUUGACGAGAUGUAUCCUCAAGAACUUGAUUUGUUCAAAGAAAAGGCUUUUGUAUUCAAGGUCCAAGUCAAGACAGAAUUCUUCAAUUACACGGAGCAGACAAACAUACAAGUAAAUCGGCUGGUUACAGAUGAUGCACUCAUAAAGUCCUUUUUGGAUAAAUACAAGAUAGAAGAGUGCCCUUCCCAAAGUGGUUUUUAUGAAAUAUUGGAUGAUGAUCAUGAAACAAAUGACACAACCAAGAUUAGCAAUGCACCCAAACAAAGUGAAGAAGACUCAUCAUUUGUUAGAACUCCACCCUCAACUAGCAGGACAAUUGGUGUAAAAGCAAAGGCCACAAUUGAUGUUUGUGACGAUACUCAGAUGGAAUUUGUCGGUGAACUCAAUGGCUCUAUUGAUGGGAAUGAUAGUUCCUUGGUGAAUAUUAUGGCCAAGGAAUCUGAUUUUGGUUUGGAACAAGCUGACUUUUGUUUUGGAUACUGCCAGACCAUUCCUUUUGAUUACAGAGAUGAAAGUAUUGAGGUGUUUGAAGUGUUGAUCCACGGUUUGAGAGAAGACCAGCACAUCAUCGAUGUAGACAAUAGUGAAUUUGGAAUAGGGAUUGAAGAUUUCAUUCAUGAUCCUUUGAAAUUCAGAUGGGGCGUUCUUUAG